GGCUGCUCGCCGAGAGCCGGACCCCUGCCCUGCUCGCCCGGGGGCAGCAGCCGGUGGCCCGGGGGGGGGCCGGGAGGCGAUGCCGGAGCCGCCGGGGCAGCACUCCCCCGCGGGGGCCGGGCCGCCGGCGGUGUGGCCGCCGUGUCCCGUCCCCUCCCACCGUGGAGCCAAGUUCAAACCGCGGUCCCCGGCGGAGCGGGACGCGGCGUAGGGGCCGGGCCGGGCCGGGCUCCCCGGGAGCCGCCACCGCAGGGUCCGCGCCGGCGGCCCCCCCAGUGCCCGCGGGGCUCCAUGAUUCUCCCCCGGGCACUCUCCUGCACUGUUCUGCUCCUCCUACUCAUUGCUGUGCUAAGCAGAGGGAAGAGGUGCAGCAUCACCAAAAUCCUCCGGCAGUACCGCGCUGUCAUCUUCCAUGAGAUCCAGAACCUGAAAAACCUGAGUGGGUUGGAAGACAGGAGCAGAAGGUCUGGGCCAGCUUGUCGUUCUGACAAGGACCAGAAGAUCCUGCUCUCCAUCUACAACAUCAGCAUGUCCCUGCGGGAGGUGGCGGCUGGCACCCUGCGUGGCCCCGAGGAGCUGGCAGUGUGGAAGGUGGCCAGAAACACUGACUUCGUGCUCAGGGAAAACUGCAGGAAAAUCAGCAAGAGCCCGUCGCGCAUCCCAGCACAGCCCCAGCGCAGCGGACCUGGCCGCAGAAGGAAGCAGCUGCGGGAGAUUGGGAGGAAGGCAGAGAAGCUGGCGACCUGCUGGGAGAAGCUCUACGCCCUGCACACGCCCCGCCGUGCCCUGCGGUACUCGUAGGGACGCUCUCGCCACAUGCCGGAGGGAUGCACUGCCCCGGCACUGCGGCUGCCAGUGUCUUGUCUGGAAACCUGGGGCAAAUUCAACCCUGAAGGCAGCGGAGUUGCUACAAGUGGGUGCCCGAGUUGAAUUCGUCCUCCUGUUUCAAGUGUAACCUGGGGACCAGACCCUCACACACAGUGGGGGCUGGCAGAUUGGUUUUCUAUGGGAUGGCUGUGGCAGGAAGCUGGAACAACAGAAACGUCGGGGAGAAGAAGGGAAAGAGCUGAAAAAAGGAGGCAAGGCAUUGGAUUUCUGUGAUGCUCUUGGUCCUGCAUCACCUGCUACUUCCUUGGGGACGACGGUUGCUUUUUGGGGCAGAAAGAUGAUGUGCAGGGCCAUGGCUUGGAGGUCUCUGCUGAAAGCAGGACUCCUGCACUUCCACAUGGCUCUGAGGAUGGCCAGGCUGCAGAGAGGGACACACAUCCCUAGUGCACUGCUGGGACAGGAGGAGCAGCCAGGCACCCGCAGUGGACGGGGAAACCUGGGUGCACCACUGGAAGCCCGGGGAGCGCCGGUGUCUGCUGAUAAACAGCAAAACCUCAGGCAGCUGUGGGGGCUCAAGACAAAGGCUCGGCUUCUGGGAUGGGAAGUACUGCGAAAGGACCCGGCUGCCCGGCACUGUGGAUACUCUGGCACCCCCAGCAAGCUGAGCCUGGAGGUACGUGGGGGUUUGGUGAGAUGAGGAACAUCCUCCCUCAUCACCACGCUCUGCCAGCACCCUGGCCGGGGGUCCCGCUCCCCUGUUGGGUGGCAAACAGUCUCUGGGAAGCCAGAAAUAAAACCUCUC